AUGAGACCAAUUCUCCUGUCAGGCCAUGAACGGGCCCUGACCCAAAUCAAAUUCAACCCCGACGGUGACCUUCUCUUUUCCGUAUCCAAAGACCAACAGAUCUGCGUCUGGUUCUCCCACAAUGGCGAACGACUCGGCACCUACAAGGGCCACCAGGGCGCCAUCUGGACCGUCGACGUAGACCCGACCUCGACCUUUAUCGCCAGCGGAAGCGCCGACAAUACUAUCCGCCUCUGGGAGAUCAAGACCGGUCGAUGCCUCAAGGCCUGGGACUUCCCCACCGCCGUGAAGCGCGUCGAGUUCAGCGAGGACGGCCGCCAGCUGCUCGGCGUUACCGAGAAGCGCAUGGGUCACCUCGGCACUAUCGUCGUCCUCGACAUCAUCCCCGAAGUCGACGCCGAGCAGAGCGACGAGCGCGCCCUCACCAUUGUCUGCGACGAGAGCAAAGCCACGGUCGCCGGCUGGAGCUACUUAAACAAGUACAUCAUCGCCGGCCACGAGGACGGUUCCGUCUCGCAGUACGACGCGAAGACGGGAGAGCAACUCUAUAACAUCCCCGCCCACGAGCUCAACAUGCAAGUAACGGACCUGCAGUGGUCACCAGACCGCACCUACUUUAUCACUGCCUCCAAGGACAAGACCGCCCGACUGAUAUCUGCCCGUGACCUCGAGCCUCUGAAGACGUAUCCUUCCGACACGCCGCUAAACAGCGCCUGUAUCACCCCGAAGAAGGACUACGUCAUACUAGGAGGCGGCCAGGCUGCCAUGGACGUUACCACCACCGCCGCCCGCCAGGGUAAAUUCGAGGCGCGCUUCUACCACAAGAUCUUCGAAGACGAAAUCGGUCGCGUUAGAGGCCACUUCGGACCCUUGAACACGGUCGCUGCCGACCCCACGGGUAAGAGCUACGCGAGCGGCGGAGAGGACGGCUACGUCCGCAUCCACCACUUCGACAAGGGCUACUUCGACUUCCGGUACGAGGUCGAGCGCGAGCGCGAUAACCGGCAAUAGAAUCGCCGUGGCCGUCCUCAUCGCGAGUUGGCCGUCUCCGCGGACGUCGUGCCCCGUCCCGUAGCACCAGCUUCGGCAACCGGAGGCGACGGUGGUGGUCUCGAGAUGGGGCAUCUGUUCUCCGUCGUUCCUAUUUUCGUGGUAUAGAAGGGAGGGAUAAAAAUAAGGAGAGGGAAAAAAAAUGGGUAGAGCCCAGUGUCUUUCCUCUUUUUUCUCCCUGGUUACUCAAU